GCUACUAAAUCCGUGCUCGCUUUGCUGUGUCGUGUCGUGUGCUGCCCCACUUGCAGUUGGACUCGCCGCCGCUCGCUUGCUGUGGCCUGUGUCCGAGCCGGCCUACCCCGCCUCUGAACACCGCCUCGCCGCCCGCGUGCGCCCCCCUCCAACUCCUAUGGCCGCGCCCUCCCACCUCCACCUCCACCUCCCGGGCUGCCCCCAAACCCUAGCCCUGCCCCUGCCCUCCCCGGGGGGUUUCUCCGCUUGGCCCGGCCUCCGCUCCUGCUCCCGCUCCCGCCAGCCCCGCAUCCGCCCGGUCGCCGCGCUCGGACCCGCCGACGCCGGCGACCUGCUCGGCCGCGUUGAGGCGUUCCUCUACACCGUUGCGGACGCCGCCGUUAACGCGGAGCCCGUCGCGGCAGCCGCGGACACCGGGACCAAGGAGGCCGCCGCCGGGGACUGGCUCUCCGGCAUCACCAACUCCAUGGAGACCGUGCUCAAGGUUCUGAAAGAUGGUCUAUCAGCUCUCCAUGUUCCUUAUUCAUAUGGCUUUGCAAUCAUUCUCCUCACUGUUCUUGUCAAGGCAGCUACAUUUCCUCUAACAAAGAAGCAGGUUGAGUCUGCACUUGCAAUGAGGUCACUGCAACCUCAAGUGAAGGCCAUUCAACAACGAUAUGCUGGUGAUCAGGAAAGGAUACAACUUGAAACUGCUCGCUUAUACAAGUUAUCUGGUGUUGACCCACUUGCAGGAUGCUUGCCUACCCUUGUGACAAUACCAGUUUGGAUUGGUCUAUACAGAGCUCUCUCAAAUGUAGCUAAUGAGGGACUUCUGACUGAAGGCUUUUUUUGGAUACCUUCUCUGGCUGGUCCUACAACAAUUGCUGCUCGACAAAACGGCCAGGGGAUAUCAUGGCUUUUUCCUUUUACUGAUGGCCAUCCACCUCUUGGCUGGUCAGAUACUUUGGCAUACAUUGUGUUACCAGUUCUUCUUGUCAUUUCACAGUACAUAUCUACUCAAGUAAUGCAGCCACCACAGAGCAAUGAUCCUAACCAACAAGGUGCUCAGGCUGUAACAAAGUUCUUACCAUUGCUAAUUGGUUAUUUUGCUCUUUCCGUGCCUUCAGGACUAAGGCUGUACUGGCUUACAAAUAAUAUCCUCAGUACUGCACAACAAGUGUGGCUUCAAAAGCUUGGAGGUGCAAAAAAUCCUGUCAAAGAAUAUAUUGACAAGCUUUCAAGAGAAGAAACGACUACUGUUCAGAAGAAUGAUUCUACUGUUCAGAGUGAACCUCUCUCUAAACAUAGUAAACCCCAGCCUAGCCAAGAGCCGAAACCAAGUGGGCCACAACGUGGUGAAAGAUUUAGGAAACUGAAGGAGGAAGAAUCUAUGAGAAAAGAGGUUAUGGGACAAGGUAAACAAUCAGAACAGUCAAGUUCUGAAUCUAGAGUCACGGAUGGAACACAAAAUUCGGAUGUGUCUUCUGGAGACCAAAAAGACCAACAGGGGUCUCAUGAAAAUGGACCGGUUGUAGCUAGUAUAAAUGGUGGAGUCAACCAUAUUCGAAAUGAAAAGACUCAGAACUUAUCCUCAGAAAAGCUGAAGAUUGACGGGAUAAGGGUAGAGAGAGACGAGAACUGCUGCACCGCUCGUCGCUUGCGCUGAUGCAAUCUCUUCAAGGCGUUUCCAUGUGGAUUCUUGCUUCAACUUAAUCUCCUUCUCUUUCGCUUUCUCUUCCUCAGUAUUUCCGCAGGCACUCGGUAAAUAGUCCAGGAUCAUGGCUGGUGAACAUUUAGAGUAAGGCUUCGCACAGCUUGGUUCCAGUGCCCGCUUGUAUUUUUCUCCGGUGCAGGGAAGAUGACAGGCAGUAUAACCUUUUUUUUUCUCGAAAGCGCAGGAGAACUGCGCAUCAUUAUAUUAAAUAGAAGGAAAAGAGGGUCCAAAAUAGACCAUAGUACAAAAGAUCUCCCCGGAGGGGAUAAAAAAACCAAAGAAAAAAGAAGAGAAAAAAACAAAAACAAGAGCAAACAGAUCCUGAAAAACAAAACCAGCCCAUCAGCGAUAAACCAGGCAGCUAGGUGCCCCUGAUGGUUGCGGCAAGAAAGGAGAGACCCUUAGCUCCUGCCAUUUCCCACAACUGUUGUUCCUCCCUUGCCUGACAAAGAGCUGCAGAAACACUAGGGGAGAUUCCAUCAAAGACAAUUCGGUUCCGAUGAUUCCAAAUAAUCCAGGCUCCCAAGACAAUAAGGGAGUUGACACCCUUCAUAAUCAUAUCUCCAGAGCCAAUGUCUAUCAUCUCCCACCAACCCGUAAAAGACACCGUACUAGGUGUAGGAGCCAGAUUUUGUAGUCUGAAAAUGCACAUCAGCCGGAACCAGAAUUCUCUCGCAAAAACACAAGAAACCAAAAUAUGAUCCAAAGAUUCAGACUCUUGGUCACAAAGCGGACACUUCUCCGGAUGAUCAAGUCCUCUCUUUGCCAACCUAUCUGCUGUCCAGCAUUUAUUUAGCACCGAUAACCAGAGGAAGAAGUGGCAUUUAGAGGGGGCCCAAGUUUUCCAAACUCUUUCAUAGUGACCGAAAUGCACAGCCCCGAUGAACAACCCAUCAUAUGCAGCCUUAGUAGAAUAAGUCCCAUUUGCAGCAAUACUAAAAGUAUGUUUAUCUUCUAUAUCUGGCAGCAGCUCAAAAUCUGAAAUUAAAUUCCAAAGAUGAAGAUAAUCCAAUAAUACUCCCACCGAGAGUGAUCCUGUGAUAUCAGCAAUCCAUCUUCUAUCUGUCAAUGCUUCCUGAACCGUCCUUAUGUUAGUGAUUUUUUUCGGAAUGAUAUCAAAUAAUCUAGGAACCAAAUCUGCAAUUUUCUGCCCAUGAAUCCAUUUAUCAGUCCAGAACAAAGUAUUAGCCCCAUUACCAACCUUUGAAGUCAACACCAUCGAGAAGAAAGCCCUUGCAUUAUCCGGAACCUGGAUAGGAAGGCUGCACCAAUGUCGGUUAGGUUCAGUCUUUUGGAGCCAAAGCCAUCUCAUGCGCAGGGCCCAGAUAAGUUCUUUAAGACUAGAAAUGCCAAGACCGCCCAGUUGUAGGGGUCUACAGACUCUGCCAAAGGCCACCAGGCAGUGACCACCUCUGGCCUCCUUGCGCCCUCUCCAAAGGAAACUUCUUCUAAUUUUAUCAAUGGCCUUAAUAGCCCAAGAGGGAAUAUUUACUGCCAUAACAAGAUAAAUAAGCAUUCUGGUAAGCAUAUGCUGAACUUGCACUUUACGGCCUGCUCUUGUCAUCAAAUCUGCUUUCCAGCCUGGCAGCUGAUCAGCAAUUCUAUCCACAAUAGGCUGCACCUGAUCCUUGGUGAGAUUUUUCAGGGACAGAGGCAGCCCCAGGUAUUUACACGGAAAGGUCGAGAUGCCACAAGGGAGAAGAUCCUGAACCAUUUCCAGCUCCACACCCCCACACUGAAUGGGAUAAACAUUAGACUUUUGUUCGUUGUUGCGGAGACCUGAAGCUUCCCCAAAUAGAUGUAAAAUAUCUAGAGUUAUAGCAAUAUCCGCUGCCGAAGGGUGUAAGAAGAGUGCCACAUCAUCUGCAUACAUAGAGACCCGAUGCAGAGGUCUUCUGGGAGAAAGAUCCAAGAGCAGACCAGCGUGUUCAGCUUUAGAAAACAAUAGACCAAGAACAUCCAUAACUAGACUAAAGAGCAUGGGGGAGAGAGGAUCCCCUUGUCGGAGACCUCUUCUAUAUUCAAUAUGUCCUCCUGGAAUGCCAUUCAAAAGCACCUGAGUGCUAGAGGAGGAAAGAAGCCCACAAAUGAUGUCUCUCCAAAUUUGUCCAAAGCCAAGAUACUUCAUAACUUCGAUGAGGAAAGGCCAAGAAACCGAAUCAAAAGCUUUAGUAAUAUCAACCUUGAGGAGAAGACGUGGCCUUUUCUGUUGAUGGAAAAGUCUAGCCGUUUGUUGGACCAACAUAAAAUUAUCCUGAAUGAAACGUCCCUUAAUGAAGGCACUCUGGAUUGGAGACACCAUAUCAUUCAGCUUUUGACUUAACCGAUUGGCCAAUAAUUUUGUGAUCAACUUUGCAGCACUAUGCACCAAACUGAUUGGCCUAAAGUCUUUGACAUGCACAGCCCCAUCAUGCUUUGGGAUUAAAGUAAUGUAGGCCGAGUUCAGCAAGCAAAAAUUGUCAAACUUCCUGUUCCAAACCGCCGCAACUACAGCCAUAAGAUCCAUCUUGAUAAUGUUCCAACAAGAUUUAUAGAAGCGCCCAGUGAAACCAUCGGGACCUGGGGCUUUGUCAUUAGGUAAACUCUUAAUUGUAUUCCAAAGUUCAAGCUCUGUAACAGGCUCAUCAAGGUGUGCAAGAUUGAAAGUUGGCAUGUACAACGCCUCCAGAUUAAUAGUCUGCUCCCUAUCCCCACAUUCACCAAUAAGUCGGGCGUAGAAAUUGUCCACCAAAACUGCUUUAUCAUCAUGACUAGUGAGAAUCUGGUCUCCAUUCACCAGUUGUGCAACAAAAUUCCUCCUUUUUCGAUGUCGAGAGUGCAUAUGAAAGAGUUUGGUAUUAGCAUCCCCUCUUUAAGCCAAGAGAUCCUCGAUCUCGAUCUAGCAAUGGUCCGUUGAAGUGAAGAUAAAAACAGGGAGUGCUUUUUCAGCAAAUUACUUAACCAGAUUUCAGCCAAGGAUAAAGCUCUGCAGUCCUGCGCUAUUUCUAGUCUAUGCAGAAUUUCCUUUGCCAAAGCCAACUGAGUCCUCACAUGUCCCACAUGCUUCCCACUCCAAGAUUGCAGCCUCCUAGCUGUGGCUUUUAGUUUCAAAUUCAGAGUCAUGAAAGGGCAGUUUACAGCUGCCACAGAAUCCCAAACCUCCUGGAUGACAUCCUGGAAUCCUUCCAAUUUGGGCCAAAAAGCUUCAAAACAGAAACGUCUUUUACCCAUUUUAUUAUCUCUAAUGCCAAGCAGCAAGGGGCAAUGGUCGGAGCCUUCAGAGGCAGCACUUUGAAGAAGGACAUUUGGAAAAUUGUCUUCCCACUCCACUGAACAGAGGACCCUGUCAAGCUUAACAAGAACAGGACUGUCUUGCUGAUUUGACCACGUGUAUUUACGCCCAAAAAGUGGAACCUCAUUGAGACUCAAGUCCUCAACCAACUUCCUAAAUCUCCCCAUCAUAGCUCUGUUAAUAUUUGAAUUAUUUUUAUCUGAAGCCCUGUAGAUGAGAUUGAAGUCACCAGCAAUCAACCAGGGUCCAGUGCAAGCAGCCCUGAUGUCUCUCAGUUCUUGAAGAAACAACAUCUUAUCACUGUUACUUUGAGGACCAUAAACACAAGUUAACCACCAACAGCGAUUAUGCGCAUUGCAGAAUUGGAUUGAAAUGCUGUAUCUGUCAAUCCUAGACAACCCAGUCACUCCCAGAUGUCGCUUCCAAGCAACCAGCACACCACCACUAGCACCACAAGAUGGUAGAAAGGAGAACUGGCAGAAAUCCGAACCCAAGGCUGCAAGAAUGGUUCUUGUAGAAAUGACAGUCAUUUUAGUUUCCUGGAGACAGACCACAUCAGCUUUAGAGGACAGAACUAGAUUCCGGACUGAAUUUUGACGAUCAGCUGAAUUUAAACCUCUCACAUUCCAACAUAUAAUUUUGCUAGGAUCCAUUACAACAAUUAUAAAUUACAACCCAGAAAGAAAAACACACUACGGGAAGAGAUUCCCCGGAGUCUCCCAUCCAAAGAGAGCCGCUAACGCUUCAACAUGACUUUGAGUUAAGGGAUGCUGAAAAAGAUUCUCAUAAUCCUUAACAGCUUGCUGGUUGAUGCUUGCAUUCUCUGUGAUGACUCUCAGAGUCCGCAUUACUUGUUUUGUGGCUCUGUUCUCCAGAUCCUGCAUGUUAAAUUCCACCCCUGCCCCUGCAACCCGUCGGCUCCGUCGUAGCGCAGUACCAUGUUUUGUGGCACCCCUUGACCGCUUGGGGAGGACAGGAGCAGCAAGGAGCUGUGAAUGUGCCAUUGUUAUCUUAGCCAUGAAUGAUCUUCUUCUAGAUUCCAUAGAAGAUAAUGGAUCCAAUGAGGAGUCACAUGAAUCCCCAAAAUUCUGCCUGGAACUGUCAUCAAAGGCUACCACCUCAUGCCUGAGUGGAACAGUUGAGUCUGCGUCAGCCCUCCUCGCUGUUCCAUUGUACUCUAAUAAUAAUGGCCCCUGAAAUCUUGAGAUGGUCUCAGACGGAGUAUCAGCAGCGCCUUCCACGUCCGAGGGGGGGUCAGACGGAGUAACCGCUGUCACAUCAACAUCCAAGCCCAAUCCCAAGCAUGAGCCUCCGCAAUAUCAUCAUCAUUAAUUGUAGCAAUAUUAUUUCCAGCAGUGGUUUUUCGACGCCGUUGAUAGAAGAUUUUGACUGUUGUUGCACCACCAUAGGCCAUCCCAGAUGGCAAGGAAAAGCCACUUAGAUGUAUAACCCUACUAUUCUGUUUGAUCAGACUCUCGAUAUGGUCAUUAUUCCACAAAAAUAACGCCCGCUCCGCAACCUGGACAAGAAUAGAUGCUAUCAGUUACUCCCUCCGUUCCACUCGAAAAUCUGAAUUUCUGGUGAACAAAUCGAGCCGCUUCAACCUGCAAGAUUCAAGCUGACAAGUCAAAAAAAAAAAA